AUGUUAGAAUCUGCUAAUAAUACAUUUGCUCUUCAUUCACAUAUUUCAAAGGAAGAAUUGAAUUCAAUUUAUGAAAAUCUUUCAUUGAAAAUUAUGAAUUAUUUUAAAGUCAUCAUUGAAAAAAUUGAUCAAACAACUGAACUUUCAAAUUUAGAACCAUUGAUGGGUGAAUUAGAUUCAAUUAGAACAAUAUCUACUUUUGAUAUAAAAACUACUCAAUUAUAUUUUAGUACAUUAGAAAAAGUAAUAAAAUAUGUUAAUCAAUGUAGACGAGAUGUUGAACAACUCUUAUUUUCUUUAUUUCGACAAGAACAGAUUGAUUUUAAUAAGUUGACUAAUUGUUUAAUUAGUCUUCAAAGUGCAAAAUGGAUAGAAAAGUAUCGAACUGGUAUGUAUUCAGAUAUUAUCGAUACUAUUGAAAAACAAAUUAUUGAACUAAUCAAAGAAUUGAAAGAAUCUGCUAUGCAAACUAAUUUAGAUUUAGAUAAUUCUAAUAAAAUUGAAACUGUGCAUAAAAGAGUAUUGUAUAUGAAUGAAAUGAAACGUUUGAAUGAGUUUGUUUCUAGUAUAGAUAAACAUAUAGAUGUAGUGAAUAAAUGGUUUAUAAAAGUAAUAAAUGAUGUAUUUAAUAUUAUUAAAGAUACAUUUAAUAUAGAAAAAUGGAAAGAACAAAAAUAUGAAACAUUAGAUUUUAGUAAAGCUGAAAAAGGUUUAAAUUAUUUAUAUAUUUGUAAUAAAAUUCGUGCUCCAUUUGAAAGUGAUUGUCAGUCUACAUUAAAUAAUUUGAUAGAAUUUAUAAAAUAUUUUAGUAGUUUUGUUCAAAAUGAAAUGGAAAACAAUUUUGAAAAAAUUGAAAAGUACAAAGGAAAAAAUGCAGAUGAAAUAUCUGAAAAUGCAAAAAUUAUAGCUAAUCGUCUACAAGAAAUAAGUGAAAUAGAAACAAAAUAUAAAUGUGUUUUUUCUUGUUUUUUACAAAAGAAAUUAAUUGAACAAUGGAAAACAAAAUUAUCAGAAUAUUUAAAUGAAUUAUUAAGAGUUAUGGAUCUUUUGAGUCGUGCAAAGCAAGCUGAUGAUUUAAAUACGAAACUAUCAAUAACAAAAGCAUUAAGUAAAUUGGAUGGUUUCAUGGAAGAUAAAAAGUUUUUUGAUGUCUAUAAAGAAUAUCAAUGUAUACUUAUAACAAUAAAAAGUACAAAUGAUACCAGUGCUCCUGAAAUGACAGCAUUAAAAACAUCAAAUAUAGUUGGUGAACAGUUUUUUCAACAGGCUGGACAAGCAAUUAAUGCAAUAAAUGUUGGUUUAGAUGCGUUGUUAGAAGAAACUAAGAAUAAGGCUAUUAUACUUGGACAUGAAAUAGAAAAAGACACAAUAAAGUCUAUUGUAGAAAAUUUAAAUCGAAUGGAAAAAGCAAAAGAAUUUGUAUCCCAAUUUCUUGAGAAAGUAGGUCAUAUAAAUAAAUGCACAGAAGAAGUUCAAAUAUUACUAGCAGAACGAAUAAACCGCUUUAUUGAUGGUAUAAACGUUCUUAUCAGUAGCAAUAAUUUUUAUGAGGCCGAUAAAAAAAUCGAUUCAAUAACUUUCGUACGUGAUCUGUUAGGAUCUCAUUGUACCGAAGAUAUAUCCAAACAGAUCGAUGAACUAAAAACUAAUCAAAAAACAGCUGUAUUAACCGAUGUAGUUAAAAAAUAUUCAGAUAUGGAUAUUAGUGAAUAUACUUUACAACCACCUACCGAUAUUUUGCAUCAAUUUGGAAGCAUUAAGAAUACCAAUCCAAUAUAUAAUAGAGCUUAUAAUGAAAUCAAAAAAGCAAUUUUCACUAAAUUAAGAACAGAAUUAGAUAAGGCUAAAUCAAUGACACCACUAACUCAUGAUAAUAUUCAUAUAAGAAAAUUCGAAUCUGCUGUUAGAUAUCUUCCGAAUGAUAUGAAAAGAACUCUUGACGAAGAAUUAAAUCAUUGUAAAAAAGAUAUUGAUCGAUCAAUUUGUGAUAAUGAUAAUAGACUGAAAGAUACGUGUAGUAGUGGUGAUUUAAAUAGUAUAAAAUCUCUUCUGGAAGAAUAUAAAAAUUCCAAUGGUAUGAAAAAUUAUUUUAAUAGAGGUCGAGAAUUUGUUUUGAAAAGUAUACAGAGUGUUGUUAUUAAUAUAAAGAAAUGCUUUGAAGAACAUGAUAUAGUAGAAGCAUUUUUCAAUGUAAAAAUAUUACAUGAGUAUCAAGUUAAAUUUUUAAGCCUUUUCCCGGAUAUUAGAAAACCAUGUUUAGAUGUACAAAACCAGAUAAAAAUUAUCUUUUCCGAAGCAUAUAGUUGUUUUUUUAAUAGAUUUUUAGAUAGUAGUUCAUCAAUGGUUACAAGUGAUAGGGUUCAAUCAGUAGAGAAGAAUUUUGUUGAUUUAACCGAAUAUAUGAAAUUUAGUAUUGAAAGCAAAGAUACAGAUAAUGGUAAUAAUACACCACGUUUAAUUGAUAUGCUUCCAGGAGAUUUCAAUGAAAAAAUUAAAAUAUUAAACGAAAGACUAGUAGAAUAUCUUAUUGAACGUGAGAAAGAAUACAAAGAGGCUUUAGAGAAAUUAGAUGUUAUAUUUCUUAAAGAGUUUUUAGAUACAUCACAACAAUGGAAUUCAUUAUUUGUAAGAAUACGAGAUCAUUAUAAUAUAUAUCAUACUAUUGACGACACAGCAAAUAUCGUUGUUAAAACAAUAAAAGAGUUUGUACUUUUUCCAAAAAUUGUGGAAUCCAUUGCGCCUAGGAUUAAAGAGUUGAGAAGGGAGUUGAUUCAUCAAGAACUUAUCAAUGAUCUCACUAAAGGAUUUAGUAAACAGAGAAAUGAAUUCUAUAGUAAAUUAAAUGAAAAAUAUAGCAUUCUUAGUAAUGCUAAACAAUUUAGUAAUUAUCAAAUAAAUUUUGAUGUAGAAAAAGCUGAACAAGAAUGCCUAAAAUCAUUAGAAACAAAAAUUACAGAAAUCUCUUCUAAUGCUGAAAUUCUUCUAAAUAGAUUUAUUAGAGAUGAAAAAUUGGAUAGACGGGAAUAUGAUACUUUUAAUUUAUAUUAUAAUAAUAUAAUAUCAUUUAAAAACGAAAUGAAAGUAAUAAAAUUUGAAAUUAAUCACAAAAUCGAAAAUAUUGAAAAUAAAUUUUUUGAAAAAGUUCGAAUAUGGGAAGCUCAAAUAGAAUCUUCGACAAAAGUCGAUGAUCAUGCAAAGAUUUUAAUACAUAUGAAACGUACUGAAAAUAAUUCUCCAUCAUUCAAGAUUAAAAUAUAUGAAACAAUCGAUGCGAUAAUCAAUGGACUUAAAAAUUCUAAAAACCAAACAACAGCUUUUGGAAAAUUAGGCAUACUUUUAAAUAAAGAUGAAACCGGUAUAGGUCAAAGUAUUGUAGCAGAACAUAAGGCAUUUCAAGGUUAUUCAUUGUGUUUAUUCAAUGAAAAAAUUCAAAGACAUGAAAUUGACUAUGUACUAGAAAGGAUAUCCGGCGAGCUUUUAGAUAAGGAAAAAUUGAAAAAAAGAUAUGAUGAAUUUCGUGCUAUCUAUGACAGUUUAGUCAAACAGUAUUUGAAUCCUAAUGUGGUAUUGGAUCAGCUAAUUGCUGAUACCAAACUAUUCGCUGGAGACAUCAAACAAAAUUCAGAUCAUAUUGUAUGGAAUUUCACUAUAAGAAAUAAAGUACCUAAAUUAGUCGCUCAUAUCUUUGCAUUAUGGACACUUCAAAACGCACAUUAUUAUUUUGAAGCUACUGAAGUAAAUAAUAGGAAUAGUUAUCUUUUUCAACCUCAUGCAGCUCAAGUUAUUUCGAUAUUUCGUAUGCUCGGUAUUGGUGAUUCUAAAGAAGAACUAAGUAAUAACUUAGUACAAAUAGGAACUGGUGAAGGAAAAUCUAUAACAUUAGGAGCAACAGCUUCAAUACUUGCAUUACUUGGUUUUGAUGUAAGUUGUGCAUGUUAUAGUGAAUAUUUGAGUCAACGAGAUUAUACGGCAUUUUUGUCAUUAUUCGAUUCAUUAGGUGUAUUGAAUCAUAUUCAUUAUGGUACUUUUAAUAGGUUAUGUGAAUAUAUAAUUAAUGAAAAUGGUGAUAUUCGUCAAGUAGUUGAACAGUUAGUUUCAAAAGAUUCCAAUCUUGCUGUAGAAAAUGCUAGAAUAAUCAAACGUGCGAAAAUAUUAUUAAUAGAUGAAGUUGAUGUUUUCUUUAGUCGAGAUUUUUAUGGUAAUAUUUAUAUACCUGCAACGAGCUUAAAAGAUCCUUCAAUAACAUUGUUAAUUAAUUAUAUUUGGGCGCAGAGAAAAUCUAAGUUAACCUUGAAUAGAGUUCAAGGUACACAAGAAUAUAAAAACUGUUGUAUUAGAUUUCCAAAAUGGGAAUUAUUAAUUCAAGAAGCUAUUAAAGAUAUGAUUUCUGAUGUGAAAAGUUUUGAGUCUCAUAAUUAUGUUGUGAAAGAAGAUAAAAUUGGAUAUAUUGAACUAGAUAACAUACUCUAUAAUGUUAUUUAUGGUUAUAAAACAUUAUUUGCAUAUUAUUUUGAACAUGAAAAGGGUAAAAUAAGUGAAAAGAGUUUAGAAGAUAACAUAUGUAUACGAAUUAAAUGUGGUAGUUUCUCAUAUGCCGAAACACCGCUUAAAUUUCAUUAUAUCAUGGGUGUCACAGGAACAUUAGUAACUUUAAGUAAAUCAGAAAAAGAAACUAUAAAAAAUCUAUAUAGGAUCAAUAAAAAUACAAUAACUCCAUCAGUAUUCGGUGAAAAUAAUCUUCAAUUUACAAAAAGAGAUGAUAUUUGGAUUGCGAACAGUAACGACUAUUUUAAUAUCAUAAAAAGAGAAAUUGAUGAUAGAUUAAGAGGAAAAUCAUCAGAACAACGUGCUGUCUUCGUAUUUUUCGAAUCAGAAGAGAAAUUAAAAACAUUUUAUGAAUCAAAAGCUUUAGAAUCUAUAAAAGACUUUGUUGUCUAUUUAACAGAAGAAGCAUCAUUAACAGAAAAAGAAAAUUUAAUCAAACGUGCGACUGGAUCUGGUCAAGUAACUUUAUUUACCAAAGCAUUUGGUAGAGGAACUGAUUUUAUUUGCCAUGAUCCAUCUGUCACUUCUAAUGGUGGUAUUCAUGUGAUUCAAACAUUUCUAUCCGAGGAAAUAUCAGAAGAAGUACAAAUAAAAGGUCGAACAGCAAGACAGGGUGAUUAUGGAUCUUAUAGUAUGAUUUUACUUGAUGAUGAUCUAGAGAAAUUCCAGAUAGGAAAAAGUGAUAUUCAAGACAUUAGAGACGGUAGAGGAGGUUUAGCAAUGACAUAUGCGUCCAUGUAUGAUUUUCUGAACGAUAAACGUAUGAUUUUCUUUAAAUUUCAGUACGAAGCUAAUGCAAAAUAUGUUGAACAAGCAAAGAGCAGAGAUAAGAUAAGUCAGGAGUUUUUAUUGAAACUUAAAUCAGGAGAUAUUGAUUCUAUAAGAAAAUUCUUAAUCGACGAAAAUAAAGGAGUAGAAGGUACAUCGAGUUCACGAACUGUUUGUUUAAUGGAUGCAACAGGUUCUAUGAGUCAACUUUUACAGAAAUCUAAGAAUACAGUUGACAUUAUGUUCGAACGAGCUAUUACAAUUUUAAAAGAUGCUAAUAUAAGUUCAGAUUUAUUUGAAGUUCAAUUUGUAGUCUAUCGAAAUUAUAAUAGUCAAGAGGAAAAGAUUCUUCAACAUUCUCCAUGGGAAACAAAACCAGAUAACUUACGUGCUUUUAUGAAUACCAUCAAUGUUGAGGGAGGUUGGGGCAAUGAAGCUAUUGAAAUUGGAUUAUGGCAUGCGAAUAAUGAGAAUGAAAGAGAAAAUAUUACACAAGUGAUUUUGAUUGGUGACGCACCUCCCAACACUCAGAAUGAGGUAAAUAAGAAAAGACAGCGUCAUGGAGAAGAUUAUUGGAAAAAAACAAAAUUUGCAAAAGCAACAUAUUAUGAAGAUGAGUUAGCAAAACUAACAUUAAAUAAGAUUCCAGUACAUACCUUUUUUGUUGCUAACGAUCCAGAAAAGAGUUUCAGAGAAAUUGCUAGGAGAACCGGAGGAAGAAGUGAAUUCUUAGACAUAAAUUCUCCUUUUGGUUCAGAUAUACUCACAGCAUUAGUUACAAAAGAGAUUCUUAGAAAUAUUGGAGGAAGUUCAAAAGGAGACGAUUUGGUUAAAGCAUAUGAGAUGAGAUUCGGAAAAUCCUAUACAUAA